UUUCGCGAGAUGUUGGUGUCGCAAUGCGGGAUUGUGGUGCAUGCAUUUAGCCCGUUGAACAGCUCCGUACAGAGUGUGGGUUCUCGACAUCAAGAGACUCGGGUCAAACGAGUCGUUUGGAUAUCGUCCUUGCCUGGCUUCUGAUGCGGACGGGAUCGACUGCCCUUCUCGAGCCAGCCUUCUCGAUCGGCAGGAAUUUGUCGCACAGCUUGGCCGAGCCAUUUCCACCAGGAGGGAGCUGUCGAUUCCGACCAUCGAUCGUGCUGGAUUGGUUGUGCGAGUGCCUGUAGCGAUGAGGGCCAGCUUGGGCUGGAACGGAUCGACCGCAAGGCCGACGCAGACGCAGCCGCCGACGCAAUUGAUUCGAGGGAGCAUCGUCACCAUACAACUCCAAUCACAGCCCGACCGACCCCAUUAUUGCACAUCGACACAAAGCCAUCGGUGCCCCAAGAGGGAGAAUGCUGUUGCUCGCCGUCAUCCCUCGGACGAAGCACAAAUUGUGCCCUUGCAUCUGUUCUGCGUCUCGGUUCGACCACAGACGACCGUUCUCGGCGUCCUCCGUAUCAAAGACUUCCCACACCCGGCCCUCGUCGCUACUCCGGCCAGGGCGUUUUGCACUUGUUUCUCUCUGGACUCGUUUGUCUGCUCAGUUUCCCCUCCUCUUACCACGAAGGACACUCAUCAGUUCCCGCGCUUGGUGUUGUCGACCUUUGAUUGCCUUGAGCAACUAGCAGCUCGCGCCGGAUUUCCCUCCCUCCAGCCCGGACGCAGAGUACAACUGCCCAUCGGUGCGCUUCUGCGAGUUGAGUUCUAUCGGAACCCCGUUUAUAGUGCCCCACACUCCCUCUACAGCAGCACUCUGUCGAGUCUGAAUAUCGAGCCGAGUGUCGGUGCUCCAUUUGCUGCCGUAGCAUCGCCAUCGCCAUCAGAGGGUUCCUGAGCUCAAAUCACAGUGCAGGAUGGAGGGUGCCGUCCAAAUCAGCGUCACCACAACCGACGGCAAUCCUACAUCUGCGUCCGGCAGCAACACAGUGAUAACACCCACAGCGCCCCAUAAUGCAUCCGAGCCGUCGUCCUCCGCUCCGCCCUCGCCAACUAAGAGUAGUUCCGUCGACAAUACCUCGAGCGACUCUGAGCUGAAGGCGGCAGAGCAACCCCAGAAUGCCGAACCCGAGUUGUUUUUGGACCGAUACCUGAUCCACAAGGUCGUUGGCGAAGGCAGCUACGGAAAGGUCAAGCUGGCAUACGAUACGGUCACGAUGGAAAAGGUAUGCUUGC